AUGCAGCGAUCGACAAAUAGUAGCGAUUCUCCAGAACACAGGCAGGUAUCCCAGGGAAAGAUCCGGAAAAAUGUGAAGAAGGGUACCGUAUCGAACAGAAGUGCAAGGUUGGCCCGCACUGCAAGAGACAUCUCGGCCAGAGAGAAAAGGCUAAAUAAAGAGCACGGAAAGCAGGGAUCGCAAGUCACUUAAGAACUGGGAACCGCAAGGGAGGGUAUACAGUAACUUGGAGCGUGAAGCCUACGAGGUAGAGGUAGUUUACCGUACUGUGGCGCGUUUAAUCAGAAUGGUCGAGAUGUUACCGGUGUGAUGAUGAUGAUGAUGUUAACUACUCUUGAUUAUAUCUGAUACGAGAAUCCACUCGCCGCACUCGAAAGGGCGCAACAUGGUACCGGUAUUAGAAUGAGAUACUUGAAUAGAUUGGUAAUAUCACUCUACGUUAUUGAUGUAUCGUAUAAUUGAGACCGGGAAGACCUGA